AUGGCGUUCCUGUGGUUGUCGACGUGCGGCCUUGGAGUCGAUGUCGUGAUGUUGGUGGAAUGCUUUGUGAGAACAUUCGAACCUCAAAAGACCGCCGCUUCAGACACCACACUGUCCGACGAACCGCUCGGCUACUCACCUGCAACGCUUGUUUUGGAAAAGGCGAUAUUUUCUGGUGCGAAGAUGUAUGCCACACGGGCUUUGGGUAUGAGGGCGUCUCGCCCGCUUUUUCGACCGCUCCCUAAGGAAGAUCAAAGUGCUCACACGAUCUCCCAACGCCUCCGGACCUUGAAAAAGAUUCCUCCAGAGUUGCUUCCACUCGGCGCCGUUCUUUGCGUUGCAGUCGGCGCAGCUAUCUACUCCUGCGGGAAGAAAUUCAUGACGGAUAAAACCCUUCGUCUAACAAGAUCCAAGCCGGAGGACCAUGCCUAA